AGAUUUGAAUUUGACACGCACUGCACCACACAUCUGGCGGUCUAUAUAUGCGGGCGUGUAUAGCAUAAUUAAAGAAGAAAAUGAAAUUAAAGUUGAAGGCACAAAGAGAGAGAGAGAGAGAGAGAGAGAUCGAAUUGAAGUAAUUAAAGUAGGUAGGAUGGAAGAUGGUGCGGUGGAAGUGCGAGUAGAGAGGAUUGGAUCAUGGACGUCGACGAGAAUAGCUCCAGUGGAUAUCGAUAAUGAGCCGGCGGCACAAGUGCAGGCGUUUGCUCCACUAGAUUCGUGCCUCCCCAUUACCGAAUCCAGAAAUGGCAACUUUUUCAGCAUCACCUCACAUAUGCUCUCCUCUGGAAUUGGACUCCAGGCCCUCCUUCUCCCAGUUGCAUUCACCUCCCUUGGUUGGGUUUGGGGUAUUAUCUGUCUAUCGUUGCUAUUUGUAUGGCAACUGUAUACCAUAUGGUUGUUGGUGGAUCUUCACGAAUCGACCACAGGGACUCGCUUCAGCAGAUACGUCCAUCUCGCAACUGUAGCUUUUGGUGGAAAAAUGGGCAAGUUGGCAGCUAUAUUCCCAACAAUGUAUUUAUCGGGAGGGUCGUGCGUGAUGCUAAUAAUCAACGGGGGAGGGAGCCUUCAGCUCUUCUACAAAACCAUGUGCGGAGGUGAUCCCAAAGGACUUACAGGCGCUGAAUGGUUCUUGCUCUUUGUUUGCAUUGCCAUCUUCAUUUCCCUCUUCUUUCCCAACUUGAAUUCCUUGGCUUGGAUUUCUCUCCUCGGUUCACUCACGGCUAUUGCCUACUGUACUAUACUCUGGACUUUAUCCGUCAGCAAAGGCAGACCGCCGCAAGGGGUUACCUACGAUCCACCUCAGCUUUCUACUUCAAAGCUGGACAGGUUCCGGGACAUCGCAAAUGCUCUUGCCGUCAUCUCCCUUGCAUUUAGAGGUCACAAUAUCAUCCUAGAGAUACAGGGGACAUUGCCUACAAAUACAAAAGUUCCAUUGCGCCGCCGCAUGUGCACAGGAGUUAUUGCGUCAUAUAUACUCAUAGCAUUAUGUCAUUUUCCGCUAGCCAUUGCGGGGUAUUGGGCUUAUGGCAACCUGAUGCCGACAUCAUAUAAAAAAGGAGGAAUAUUAAAUGCAUUUGAAAAGUUCCACAUACAUGACAUAUCGAAAUCCUUAAUGGGUGCAAUAUACAUGAUCAUCAUCAUUGCCUGCUUGUGCACCUACCAAAUCUACGCAUUGCCGGUGUUGGACAACUGGGAAAGAAUAUACUUGAGCAAGAAAAAGAUGAUGAUGAGUUGCCCUAAGUGGGUGCGAAUGGGUCUCAAAGUUUUGUUUGGUGGGUUGACCUACUUAGUAUCAGUAGCUUUCCCGUUCUUGGGAAGUUUGGCAGGCUUCAUCGGCUCCAUCACAAUGCCGCUUACUUUCGCUUAUCCAUGUUUUAUGUGGAUUGCCAUAAAAAAACCUCGUCCCUACACCUUAGUGUGGUGCGUCAACAUGGGCCUAGGUUGUUUAGGCAUGUUGAUGUGUACGGUAUUGGCGACUGCAACAUUGUGGAAUUUGAUAGCUGAUGGUUUGCACGCUAAUUUUUUUAAUCCUUAACAUUGUAACCAUCUAUUAACAUAUAUGCAUUAUAUUUGACAAUGUCCACUCUAAAAUGCAUAAUAAUCAUUGAAGUAUGUAAAAAUGGAGGAAAAUGUUUGUAAAUUCACCAACGCAUGUA